ACAGCUGCGACCGCUCCAUCGAGUCAGCCGCAAGUACCGCGGCACUGGGCACUGCUCGUACCGUUGCGGCACGAUUGCUUCCUCACUUGUAUGGAGCUUGGCGAGUGGGGAAUUUCAUCGCUCGUCGACGGAGGCUGUCAUCUCCGGGUUUUGCCGCAGCCGCAUCGCUUACUCGUCGGGCCGCAGCUGUGCCCGCAGGUGCUCGACGAGCGCAACGUCGCCAAUGUCACCGUCGUCCUGAGACAAGUGGUCCACUACUUGCACAGCCUUCUCGGCACGGUGCUCGACACGCUCGGCGAUAACAUGAACGAUUUCGCUAAGUUGGGCAACGCGCGGCCGCCGCUGGUGCCGAAGUCGUCGCCUAUCACCCAGGACUACUCCAUCUCCGACCAGGUACUCGGCCUCGGCAUCAACGGCAAAGUGGUCGAGUGCUACCAGAGGACGACCGGGUCCAAGUUCGCCCUCAAAGUUCUGAGGGACAAUGUGAAGGCUCGCAGAGAAGUGGAUCUACACUGGCGGGCGAGCAACUGCAAGCACAUUGUCAACAUUGCAGACGUCUACGAGAAUGCCUAUGGUGGGAACCGAUGCCUCCUGGUUGUCAUGGAGUGCAUGGAAGGAGGCGAGUUGUUCCAGAGGAUCCAGGAGCGAGCAGAGGGCGCCUUCACGGAAAGGGAGGCGGCAGAAAUCAUCCGAGACAUCUGCAAGGCUGUGGCCCAUCUUCAUCGCAUGAACAUUGCUCACAGGGACCUCAAGCCGGAGAACCUGCUGUACUCCAAACCCGACGACAGCGCAGUGCUCAAGCUGACGGACUUUGGCUUUGCCAAGGAGACCACAAACUUCAACUCCCUACAGACCCCCUGCUACACACCCUACUACGUCGCUCCCGAGGUUCUAGGGCCUGAGCGCUACGACAAGUCGUGCGACAUGUGGUCCUUGGGGGUCAUCAUGUACAUACUGCUGUGCGGCUUCCCGCCGUUCUACAGCAACCACGGCCUGGCCAUCUCGCCGGGAAUGAAGAAGCGCAUCCGGGCGGGCCAGUACGACUUCCCCAACCCUGAGUGGAAGAACGUCUCCCAAGAUGCUAAGGACCUGAUCCGGGGGCUGUUGCGGACAGACCCGUCUCAGAGGCUCAACAUCGAGGAGGUGCUCGCCAACAAGUGGAUUGCGAAAUACACGGAGGUACCUCAGACGCCCCUCUACUCUCUUCGAGUUCUCAGGGAAGAUUGUGACCAGUGGCCGGAGGUUCAGGAGGAAAUGACGCAGGCCCUGGCCACCAUGCGGGUGGACUACGACACGGUGCAGCUCAAGAAGCUGGCAGACACCAACAACCGGCUGCUUAGCAAGCGGAGGCAGCAGGCGCCGCCACGCCCCAACUGACCACCUCCCGAGACCGCACCCCUCCCGCGGAUACUCGCGGGAGAAGGUCUCCCCCUUCCCCCGGAGGGAGGCCGCGAGUCUACGCCCGAGCUCCAAGAGCCCUCGCUCCGCAAGAGCCUCCAGCGACCACGCGCAAAUCGUUGGGCGCCCGCGCUCCGUCCGUGCCACCUGGCUUGCGACGAGGCACGACGGACGGGGAACCGGCGUUCAAAGCGAAUGAAUCUAGUUAUUGCGCGUGAGACGGCGCCAUUUCGCAGCGCCUUACUUUACGCACGCGCCGUUUAAGCGGCGUCAGUCUUACGGCACCGACGCAGAACUUUGGGCGCGUUCGUUGGCAAACUUCGCGGUCCGGAUUUACAAGCGAAGCCGCUUCGGACUCGUCCGGGGACAAGUGCGUCCUGCCCGGCGAGUUUGGCCGGGCGCGCUUAACCGGUAUCUUAGGUUUUUAGAAGGCAGAUUCUAUUUUUUAUUAUCGAUUCCCACGUUUUCUAUACGAGUCCGUAUACGAGUAGUCUGAGCUCGACUCGAUCUAGACGCGCUUUACAAAGACUGCGUCUGCUCUCGUCGGCCGCUCGACGGGGUCGCAUUUACGAGGCGCAUCGGCGGGAGAGAACCAGGGCAGCAAAUGGACGCUUGCAAAUAGCAUUUGUGAAUGCGUAUUAGUGGCCUUUUUUUUUUAAAAUAAAGCAUCUUAUACGA